GCCCCGCCCCGCCUCACCUGGCCCCGCCGGCGCGCCCCUCCCCCGCUCCCCGGGCUGCGCCGCGCGCGCCGGCUCUGGGCGGGGCCCUGCAGUGGCGGCGGGGUCCUCCUCCUGCUGCUCCGGCUCCUCUGUGCGCGCGCCUCCCCGACCUCCCCCUCGGGCGCUCGCGCAAACCGCGCUCCUCCGCGGCCCUCCGCCCGCUCCCAGCCAUGGUGCUCUGGCGCUCGGCGGUCCUCAUCUGCCUCGCUUUCUCCUUGGCCGCUCUGGUCCAGAGAGGAUCUGGGGACUCUGAUUUCAGUCUGGAGGAUGCAUUGAAAGGAACUUCCUCAGUAAAGCCAAGAUGGGAUCAUGGCACCACCACAACCAAGAGGCCAGCAACAACCAGAGCGCCCGCAAAACCUGCAGAUGAUGAUUUCGACUUGGCUGAUGCCUUGGAUGACCGAAAUGAUCGAGACGAUGGUCGCAGGAAACCGAGCCCAGGAGGAGGAGGUUUCUCAGACAAGGAUCUUGAAGACAUAUUAGGUGGUGGUGAAUACAAACCUGACAAAGGUGACGGUCGAUACGGCAGCGACGACCCCGAAUCUGGAGUGUCGGCCGAGGCAGGCACCAUCGCGGGGGUGGCCAGCGCCCUGGCCAUGGCCCUGAUCGGCGCCGUCUCCAGCUACAUCUCCUACCAGCAGAAGAAGUUCUGCUUCAGCAUCCAGCAUGCAGCAGAAGGUCAAGAGGGUCUGAACGCCGACUACGUGAAAGGAGAGAACCUGGAAGCCGUUGUGUGCGAGGAGCCCCAAGUGAAAUACUUGACGCUACAGACGCAGACCGCGGAGCCGCCACCCCCCGAGGCGCCCCGGAUCUGAGGCCUGCGUCCGCGGCGCCCUGGUGACCAGCUCCUUCGUUCCCGUGGACCCACCACCGCCACUGUCCGCUUCUCUGAUGACGCCAUCGGCUUCUGAUUCUAAGUUUUCCAGACGAACUCGGGGUGUGUGUGAGGCCGGUUUCUGAGCCUGCCCUGCCACGGACGCUCGGGGACGCCGGGCACUGGGGACACCGGGAGGACGGGGGGCAGGAGGACGCUGGUGCUCAGGGGUAAGCCGGAGCCCAGGGUAGCGCAACCCCUGCACGCUGCAAUGACGCCCCGUGUCCCUGGCAGUGGCCUCGGGCUGCUGUCGCUGGGGACCCAGCUCACACCUGGGUUGCUGGGAGGCCCUGAGGCCCUGCCAGGAGCAUAGCGGGGGGAUCAGACAACCACCUACCCACCCCCACACCCCCCCACACCCACACUCUCCCCCUUUCUCCCUCUCCCUUGCUCGCUCGCUCUCACAUACGCACACGUGUGUGCGUGCACACACACCACCCAGCUCUUACACCCCUGGGCUUCCAGAGAGCUGGUCCAAGUGGUGGCUUUUCAUUUAUUUGAGCGCAAACAUGCAUGUCGUGAUAGUCUUGCCCCGGGGCCUUAGGAACCUUCUGGACGAGUAGGCAGCUGUGACUCUUGGGCCUGAUCCCCCUCUGGUUCUGUAGGCAGCCGCCGUGAUUAGUGUUUAGGAAUCAGUGAUGCAUUGAAACGAGUGUACCCCGUGUACCCCGUGUACGCGCUUUGUUCGGUAGCAAAAGCUAGACGCUGGGCAUGAGCAGCAAAGCCAGAAGCACGCGUGGGUUUUGCUUAAAAUUGUAUUUGAGGGGGGAGGGGCCGCCCGCUGGGAUUAGUGGCCCUGGCCUGGCUCGCGGGUCUGGAAUGAUGGUUGCGUGUGUCCUGUUGGCCGGGGGCCCUCGGGCGCCGCGGGGCUGCAGGGAACGCCAGCACGCAGGGGCUGCCCGUUCACUUACCGGCGCAGUCUGGCCUGGCGCUAGCCUCCUGGAACGUUCCAUGUGGCCCACGUUCCUGUCUGGGGGAGCCCUGCUGUCCGAGGCUGAGCUGAGGUCUCGAGCCACCAUGUACUGGCAUUGGGCUUGCAGCGUCCAGUAGCACCCCCGGAGGCCGGCAGGCAGGGGGGCCCUGUGGCCGGGGCUCCUGGCACCCCCUUGUGCUGCACGGUCCCGUCUGGCUUCCGAGGGAACGUUUGGGGUCAGAGGCGACCCCACAGGUGGCGUGACACAUGCCUCGCAUGCUGGCGUUUGUUGGCAGCUGCUUUAGAGACCCCGCGGUGCGGGGACUGUCCCCUGCUGCGCGUCCCCAGGCCGUCCCUCGGAUGCUGGCCGCCGCCCCGGGGGCCCUCCCCACUGGAGGGCAGCCUCGGUUGUGAGUGUGCAGGUGUGGAGCACCGAGGAGACCCCUCUGCUUGGGGGUGGGGGGUGUCCCUGCCCAGGAUGGGGGGGCUCGGGUAGCGGGGGAGGCCUCUCGUGUCCGUGGCCUCUGGCCACCCCGUGCGGAGGGACCCGGGAGCAGGAGGGGGGGCCGGAGGCGUUUCACAGGAAGAAAACGGAGGCAGCACCGCUGAGCGGCGAGUUCCUUCCCUGCCCGCCGCCGGGAAGGUAGGGGGGCCCUGGUCCCCAUGGCCCGUGUGUCACGUGGUGUGACCGGGCCCAGCCUGGCGCUGGGGGCCCCCGAGGAGGGGCCCCCCGCCCCCGCACCCCUGGACUGUGAUGCGCUUGUGUUUCAUUGUGAGCUGUGAGCCGUCUCGCGUUUGCAUUAAACGAACUGGAACCGA